CUGUUUUUCUCCCUGCUGCAGCCGAAGUGAACCCAGCCAUUUUCCAGCGUCCCCAUCUGCAAAUUGAAAAGCCGCCAGAUCUGCUCUGCUUCUUCCCCCUCUGCCGCCGGCUGCUACUGGUUUUUCCUGGUAAAAUCAGUCCAGAAACUCCUCUUUUUCAGCCUUGAUUUAAGUUGGGUCACUCAAAUCGUCUUGUUCUUCCAAUUUCUAGUGGUCCCGUGGAAGCCCCCUGCAAUUCUUCCCGUCGGCACCUCUUCAUCCCGCCAGCUCCAGCUUGCUUGUUGAGCAUUUUUGGUCCUUGAUUGCCUUGUGAUCCUAGUGCUGGGAUUAGGCCUCCUGCCCUGAGUAAUUAAGGUAGUGAGCCCCGACGCGUGGGGAGCCCGGGAGAGUGACGAGCUAGGCGGCUAGGCAUUUUUGGACUUAGGUUUUGUAGCUAAGCCGUUAGUCACCCAUGCUUGACAUAGAAAAUUUUGUGUACAGGAUUUAGUAUUAGUCGUGAUUGUAUAUAUAUAAAGUGAUAAUUUUGUACAUUCACUGGUAACUAAUUGGUAAAGUAAAAAGGCUUAAAUUUGAAUUACCUGAAUUGCUAAGUAAGAACUCAAUAGGUCUCGAGCCUUGUGCAUUUGUGGGCCCCGCUCACGAGUGCACGGCGUCUGUUUCGCUCUCGGUUUGGGGCGUGACAAGUAGGCUGGGGUGGACGGGAUGGAUGGGAUGUGGUAGCAAGCGCAGUGGCCAUGGAGAACAAUCUUGCAGAGAGGUUGCUACCAGCUACCGAAGAACAAGAAAACACCACUAAUCUGAGGACGAAGGUCUUGAAUGAAUCAAAGACCAUCUGGAGAAUCGCUUUCCCUGGAAUAAUCGCCAGAGUCACGGCUUUCGGUCUCAUCGUCGUCACUCAGUCCUUCCUGGGCCAUGUCAGUGAUAUCCAACUCGCUACCUUCGCCUUAGUCCAAAGCAUUUUCCUACGCUUCAUCAGUGGAAUCCUCAUCGGCAUGUCAAGUGCGACCGAAACAUUAUGCGGCCAAGCGUACGGCGCUGGACACUACCACAUGAUGGGAAUUUACUUGCAGAGGUCUUGGAUUGUUGACGGUGUAGUGGCGACACUGGCAGUUCCGUUCUUCGUAUUUGCCAGACAAAUCUUGAGACUUCUGGGUGAGGAGGAAGAGAUAGCAGUGGCGGCAGGGCCAAUCUCGCUCUGGUUCAUACCCUUCCUCUACAACUUUGUCUUCGCACUGACAAUCCAAAUGUACUUGCAAGCGCAGAUGAAGAACAUGAUCAUUGGCUGGUUCUGCGCUGCUUCCCUCCUGCUUCAUCUGUUGCUCUCAUGGAUUUUUGUUUACAAGCUUGACUGGGGAGUCAACGGAGCAAUGGCCGCCUUGAAUAUCUCUGGUUGGUCAACGGUCAUCGGUGAGUUCGUGUACAUAUUUGGAGGGUGGUGUCGGAAUACAUGGAAAGGGUUCAGUAAAGCUGCCUUCCAAGACAUUGUCCCUGUGAUCAAGCUCUCCUUGUCCUCUGGUAUCAUGUUGUGCUUGGAACUGUGGUACAACUCUAUUUUGGUGUUGCUGGCUGGAUAUAUGAAGAAUGCAACCGUUGCCAUCUCUGCUUUAUCCAUCUGCCUCAAUAUCAAUACAUGGGAAUUCAUGAUUUGCCUUGGCUUCUUUGCUGCUGCAUGCGUAAGGGUAGCAAAUGAGCUGGGGAAGGGAAAUGCUGAGGCUGUGAAAUUCUCUAUAAAAACCAUUUUGAGUACUACGACUUUUAUUGGACUGUUCUUCUUUGUUCUGUGUUUGGUAUUCGGACGCAAAAUUUCCUACCUGUUUUCAAGUAGUGAGGAAGUUGCAGAAUCUGUGUCCAGCCUUUCAAAUCUCCUUGCGAUCAACAUAUUGUUGAAUAGCAUUCAGUCAGUCCUCUCAGGAGUGGCAAUAGGCGCUGGAAUGCAAACAGCAGUUGCUGUAGUGAACUUAGGGUGCUAUUAUGUGAUAGGGAUACCUCUAGGAGUUGUACUGGGAUAUGUGGUCAAUCUUCAAAUUAAGGGUCUGUGGAUUGGAAUGCUUACGGGAGUGGCAAUGCAAACCGUUGUUCUUUCUUUAAUUGUAUGGAAAACCAAUUGGGACAACCAGGUAAAUAAGGCAUCAGAACGUCUAAAUAAGUGGUUUUUAAAACCAGAAGAAGAAACCAAUGACGUCCCAUCUCAUGCAUAAGGAGAAGCAUGAGCGUAUUUUAAUAUGCUUUUAAUUUCUAUUUUAGAAUAUCCAUUCAAUUUUUAGAGAAAUUUAGUAGAAUUUUGAGCUUAAGACUAAAAUGUCUUAAUUGAUUUGAAAUAAAUUUUAAGGUCUAAUCUUCUUAAUUGAAUAAUGAAUUUAUGUAGUCUGU